AUGCCAACUGGAGUGCACCUUCAUGAGCUCCCGCCGGAGAUGCUUCGCGUCAUUCUGACUUCUUUCGAUUCGCUUCAUGAUCUGUAUUCACUCAUCAAAGCAUCAUCUCAAUGUUUUCGCAUCUAUCGGAUCACUCCUGAGCUCAUUCUCUCUUCUGUUCUUAAGCGCGCAAUACACCCUGAUGCUCUCUACCAUGCGCUUGCUGCGGUCCACGUCGAUCCAGACGAGGUUUCAAAUCGAGACAACGACGAGCAAUCAUGGCAGUUUCUUGACAGUUAUUUCCAACGUGACCCUGCACUGCUUGAAUUCCCAAGAGACAUGAAUGGUAUCAUAUCGCUAGCGAAACUGAACAAUCUGGUUUCCAGUCUUGCGAAUGAUUACAUAUGCCGUACAUUGCAUGCUUUAUAUGCGAGUGAGGAAACGAAGCAAGACGCCCCCCGGCAUGCAUUGGCUCCAUGCUCACAUCAUGCCGCAUGCCGAACCGGGUUGUCUGCUACAGAGCAAGCAAGGAUACAAAGAGCCUUCUUCCGCUAUGAGCUUUUCUCACGAUGUUUUCCCGUUAAUCCUAGCGUACCUAGGGAGUCCAUCUUUUCGGCAGAUGAACAGUUCAAUCAUUUCAUUCAGCAAAUGGCGCCUUGGGAGGUAGAGGAGCUAAGCUGCCUCCAUGAAUACUUUUGGGUCCGUGUGUCAGGCAUCUUCAGUGAUCUGGAAGAAGAACUUGUAGCAAGAGUUCUCGACGCUCAAACUGCCACAGCAUCGACACUCAAAGCGAGCCAAAUGAAUCGGUCAGAGUUCAAUCGUAUGUUGAGAACAUAUGCUUCCGUUGUUGAUGACGACGGCAUGUGUCUGUUCGAAGGCAGGAACCUACGUGGGCUCGAAUUGUUUAGUGAAGAUGAAAGAAGCACAUUACCAGAUAUCAUAAGAUAUCUAAUCUCCCUCGGUCUGCUUUUUUUAAGAGCUUUGUUCGCCUCGCAGGGCCAAGGGAGAAGAAACCUCAUCCGUCACAACUACUACGGAGAACGCGAGUUUCUACCUCACGCCAUAUACGAAGAUCCAAGCCCAUUCCCGGCUCCCAACAACUCUGAAGAUAUAUCAGACAAUAAUAUCUCCCACGUAAACUUGGGUUACCUCCUCUUUAGGCCAUCGAGCAUUGAAGCCGUCCUCUCAGCAAUGGGCAUUGCUAGAUACUGGCCACUCCGACAGCUGGGAUAUGUCUUUUGGGAUAUUGAAAGGGUCCGCAACCUAGAAAUCAACAGCAAAUUGCGCGAUGCAAGAUACUGCGACCCUGCCGCGGCCAAGAAAGCAUUUAAUGGGUUUAUACAGGAAAGUCCUGAGGCACGCUUGAAAGGAAUUAAAUUACCAGAAAUCAUGUUGCAGGAAAUUCGAGACGAUUACACUUAUCUGUGGUCUUACGAGUUCGACUUUAGUUCUGAUUCAGACAUACAAGACUUCGAGGAAGACCACGAAUAG